AUGGGCAAAUCAUACAGUGACGUUGAUGACUUUUCAUCAGAUGACGAAGAUAACCAGGUCUUAAUCACGCAAAAAAACACCAAAAGUGUUGUUCAACAAGAUGUGCCCAGCGAAGAUGAGGGAGCAAUCAGCGAAGAUGAGGCUGAUAAAGAGGCAGACCAAGAAACUAAGGAUAAAGAAGAUGACGAAGAGAGUGAUGACAGGUCUCCAGCCCAAAAAGAAGAGGAUCUGCAAGCUCUAAAGCAGAAACAACUCAAAAAGCUCAAGAGUGAUAGGAAAUCCAAGCAUAAGACAGGUGUUGUAUAUAUGUCCAGAAUACCCCCAUACAUGAAGCCUGCGAAGCUUAGACAGAUUCUAUCGCGGUUUGGUGAGGUAGAUCGCUUGUUUUUGAAGCGUGAGGACGAGCACAAACAUCAGCAAAGAGUCAAGAGCGGUGGAAAUAAGAAAACAAUGUUCGAAGAAGGAUGGGCCGAGUUCAUCAGGAAGAAGGACGCCAAACUUUGUGCAUCUACGUUAAACGGGAAUAUCAUCGGUGGUAAAAAGGGUAACUUUUACCAUGACGAUGUUAUGAACAUCAAGUACUUACCAGGUUUCAAGUGGGCUGAUUUGACAGAACAAAUCGCUAGAGAAAACGAUAUAAGACAAGCUAAGCUACAACUAGAAAUCUCACAGGCCAAUAAACUCAACGCAGAAUUCAUCCAUAAUGUAGAGAAGUCCAAGAUGGUCCAAAAGAUCAAGGCUUCAAAGUCGAAGAGGCAAGGAGACUCGGCAGAAAAUGCCGAAGAAGAAGAAAUACGCCGUUCCUUCAAGCAAAGAAAGGUUGCAUCUACCAGAGCAGCUGCUCCGGAAUCCCAGAAACAAACUAAGGCACAAUCAGAAACACUAAAUAAUGUUAUGAGCAGCCUACUUUAA